AUGGUUAAAACAUGUUGGAGAACUCGUAUUGACGAUGAUGCCAGUGGAAAAGCUGAAGGAUUGAUGUGGCACAAGGACUUGGGAAACCAUCUUUAUGGAGAGUUCUCAAUGGCUGUUAUUCAAGCCAACAAUUUAUUGGAGGAUCAUUGUCAGCUUGAAUCAGGGCCUUUGAGCUCCAGCAAUUCAGGGCCCUAUGGAACUUUUAUUGGCGUAUAUGAUGGACAUGCAGGAACUGAGGCUUCAAGGUUUAUCAGUCACAAUCUUUUCUCCAAUUUCAAGGCAUUGGUGUCUGAGCAUCAUGAGAUAUCAGAAAAUGUUAUAAAUAAGGCUUUUUCAGCAACAGAAGAGGACUUUCUGUGUCUUGUGAAAAAACAGUGGCUCAGUAGACCCCAAAUAGCAUCAGUGGGAUCUUGCUGUCUGGUGGGAGUUGUAUGCAAUGGACAGUUGUAUAUUGCGAAUGCUGGAGACUCUCGCGUAGCUUUAGGAAGAGCAGAACCAGGAAUCCGGAGAGUUAAAGCCAUACAAUUAUCUAGGGAGCACAAUGCAAAUAUAGAAUCUGUUAGAAAUGAACUUCGAUCUCUACAUCCUGAUGAUUCCCAGAUUGUUGUCUUGAAGCACAAAGUCUGGCGUGUCAAAGGCAUCAUACAGGUUUCAAGAUCCAUUGGGGAUGCCUAUCUUAAAAGGACAGAAUUCAACAGAGAGCCUCUGCAGUCCAAGUACAGAUUAGCUGAACCUUUCCACAAGCUAAUCCUUGGCUCAGAGCCAUCCAUCUUAGUCCACAAACUCCAACCAGAAGAUCAGUUCCUCAUAUUUGCUUCUGAUGGUUUAUGCAUCUCAGCAACCAAGAAGCUGUCGAAACUCUGCAAAAUUUCCCUCGCAAUGUAA